AACUAAAGGAUAAGCAAAUACCAGCUGCUCCAGAUAAACUAAAGUUGCAGACCGGGAUAGCCAAAACAUGCUUUAUCCACAUCCACUUGAUAUUUUGUUUGCUUCCUAAAAUCUUCUGAUUUGUGAAAUUUAAAAAAUACUAUCGUCUUCAAGGCCUCACUCUCAAAUAAUAUCUGAUAAUGAACUCAUACUCGUAGCAGCAAAGGAACGAAGGAAAUUGAGUGAGUCAUGGAGAUCGCUAACCACCAAGGAAAUCCAAAAGUGAAGCUCGAACAUGAUGAAAAUGAAUUUGAAGAGCAAGAAAUGUCAAGAUUUAAUGGUUCACUUUGGUGUCAAGAAGGUUUACUUAUUCCCCAAUUAUUGCACAAUGAAAGAAACCAAAUCUACGUGGAAGAGGAGCCUUCGCUCGCGUCAACCAGUGUGGAUCCUUUUGAGGACGAGAACACCUCUAUUAUAGAAAAGCAGGCAAAAAUUUGCCAUUCACCCGCUGAAGAAGGCAUUGCAAAUGACAUUUUGCCAGUUUCCCUGCAAGAUAAAAACUGUGAUGAUUCUCAGCCUAGACCUUCUGCUCCAAAGAAAACAAAAAAAUCGAGCCUUAAGAGUCGGGAAAAAUUCCUAGAAAUCCAAAGAGAGGUUGCUGAAAAAAUGGAUCGUUCAAUGCAAGUGUGUCUUUACUGCAAUAGCUUGUUCCGAUCGACAAUGCUAUACGUUCAUAUUGUGCGCCACCACAAAUCCAUUUACAUCAAGUGCAACCUGAAAAAAUGCGCCGGGUAUUUUUUUGCAACAAGCCAGAAUUUGGAAGAGCAUGUAAAGGGGAACCACAUUGAAGAUGGAAACAUCUAUAAAGUGAAAUACCUUCCACGUGGCGAUCCUCUCUUAAAAGACCCUUACAGUGUGGCAAACAAUUGCAGCCGGGUGGCCAAAAAUCAGGUUAUUAAAGAAAAAAAUAAUGAGACGUCAACAGCAAAAGCAAGCUUUCCAGAUGAAUCUAUGGUCAGAGAGUAUCAAAAUAUUACCGUAGAGGAAGAUGACUGUGGCGAGGAUGAAUCCAAAAUAAUGUUGCAAACGCCAGCAAUACCCGUCCAAGAAUUGUCUCUGCCAGCAACGGAUUCGAUGGUGACCUGCAACUUCUGCCUAAAUAAAUUCAGCCAAUUUGGAAUAGCCCUUCACAUCAGAUAUCACCAUAAAGGAGUAGCAUUUCCCUGCAAUCCCUGCAAAGCGUUUUUUAAGAGCCAGUUAGACUUGAAAUCGCAUUGUAAGAUAAAGCAUGGGCCAAAUGCUCCUUUGAAGGCAUCCAAGUGUGUCUACUGCUACAAAAAUUUCAACAGCAGGAACACCAUGUACCGACAUGUGCGGAAGAUUCAUUUGGAUGUGAUGAUCAAGUGUUCCAUUAAAGGAUGCGGGGAGCUGUUCAGGUUAAAGCCAGAGAUGGACACUCAUUACAAAAUUCUGCACGCUUCUGACUUGCUGAAAAAAACAUUGCAGUGCGAGCAUUGUCCUUACAGAGCGAGCACUAAGAAGCUUAUCAAGAAACACGUGAUUCUCAAUCACUUGCCCAAGAACUUUGCUUGUAGUCAGUGCCCCAAGAAAUUUGCCACUAAAUCGAAGGUAACGUUUCACAAAAGCACCUCACAUGUGUCUAGGAGAGAGUGUGGGCAUUGCAGGGAAUGGUAUUCUUACUAUGGCUACAGUAUGCAUUUGGUAGAGGCGCCUUGCAAGUUUUGCAGGUCUAGCUUGCCAUGUUCAAAAGCCCUGAGGAAACAUGAAGUUUCUUGUAAAAAUACUUUGAAAAUGAGCUGUGGAAAAUGCAGCAUUGUUUUCAAAAACAUGUUUGAUUUGAGAGAACACAAGUUUAGCUGUUCUUUUGACGUUGAGAGAUAUUCAAAUUGCAUGAAAAUCAAAGUAAAAUCUAUCGAAAGCUUGAAAAAAUGAUACGCACAUAGUCCUCUACUUGUUUAAUAUUGUCGCUUAUCUAAAAAAUCGCAAAAGAAUAAAAAUAGCUUACAUUAGCAUUCACCACACUUACGCUGCAAACUUUAAUAAAAGGAAAUCUGAUAAA